GGGAACUUAAUGUGCAUCGUGUUUGAAAAAAUAAAACCAUCAUUGGUAUGAAUUCAUACUUUGAACGGGAGAUAAGCGUCAUACGAUAUUGAUCAACGUUUUGCCAGGAAAUGACGACGGGAUCGAUUCGUUAAAGCCAGUGAACACAUUGCGAUGAUAUUCUAUGUGGGAUUAGUCUGAAAAACAGCAAAACGAGAUUAAGUUAUCAUAACUUGAAUAAAUUUUGUGAAUGGAUCUAUCGUCCUUGUAAAAUGUUGCAGUCAACAACAGACACAGAUGAAUAAACAACACCAAUAUUGAUUUUGGCCAGGCAAAAUUUUACAACAUGCUGAAAAAUAUAUGCUUUAAAAAUUUUGUUGUGUUCAGAAAUGAGGAAGACAUAGAGUUUCGGGCACAAUGCCCAUAUAUUUUCAUUGGAGAAAAUGGUUCCGGGAAAAGCGCCGUUUUUGAAGGAAUCCGUCGAUGUUUAAAAGCGGACAUGAACACAUCGGUAUCCAAGCCAUGUAAUCCCAAAGAAGUGUCGUACUUUAUAUGCAGAUUUAAACUUGAUAAUGAUCAUGAAGAAAUCAUUAGUGGAACUGUAUACAUUCCUUUAAACAAGGCACUCCAUUUUUGCCCGAAAGAUACCAUUGAGGACAUUUUUCAAAAUGACUAUGGGCUUUCGUUAUUGUUUGGAGAAGAUGAACUUGAUGAAGAUUUAUCAACUUCGUUUAGCGAAGAAGACUUCAACGGAAAAGAAGGAGGGAAUAAAGAUGAACUUAAACUUAUAUCAACCUUCAAACUGGAUAAAACGGGUCCAGACGCAUCUUUGGAGUUAGAAGACACAAUAGACACAGCGGCAGAGAAAGACAUAGUUACAACUCCAGAAUUAGGUGAAACAAAAAAAAUAAUUCCAGAGUUCGACGAAACGACAGAGAAGGCUCCAGGGUUAGCCGACAUAGAUUCAGAAGGACAUUAUUACCAAUUUGCCAUUCAAUAUGUCAUUAAUAAGAGAAGAAGAAAACUGCGCGUGAGGAAAUUUUGUUGUGAUUUUCUAAACUUACCAAAGUCAACUCAAGAUAAAGGAAAUAUCAAAGUACAUGAGGUACGAAAUUUGAACACCUACGCAUUACUUGAACUUCACAAUAUGUUACUUUCUAAAUCAACCCACACAGAACACACAAUCCAAAAUAUUCUUCUACAAAAUCUUUGGUAUAAGAAAAUAGAAAUUGCAAGAGUCGAUGCAAGUAUGUGUGAACCAAGUACCACACCAUGUCAAAGUGUGUUAAUUGAUUUGUCAAAGCAUCUAGUGUUUACGUUUCCAUUAAGAUCAAUCGGACCAUUGCAAUGGUCCGAAAGUGAACGAAUCAAAGGCGAUAUGAAGGAAGCAAACUAUGAAGAAGCACUAAAAAGGAGCGAAAUAAUAACAGCAUUUCUAGAAAAUCAAGAACGUUACGAUAAUUCAAUCGAACAGGAUGUCUUUGAAGAAAUAACCCAUCAGUCAGCUGAGUAUGAAUUUGCUUUAGAUGGAGGUGGGAAAUUACAGGUAAAUCACAAUUCGAUGAAGCUGCUUAAAACACCGGAAGGGAUUUUGGAAGCAAAAUACGUGUCCAUUCUGUUGUCGGGAAAAUGCUUCAAAACGAUAAUCCUCGAAGAACCAGAUAGAGGGAUGCACCCGCAAUUUGUGCAAAGAAUGAUACUGGCAAUUAGACGCCAAGCGGAGGCCAAUGAAAAAGUUGUGAUACUGACAACUCACAAUACAGCGUUUCUAACGCCAUGGACACUGUCUAGUUGCUAUAGGUUUAGCAGAGCAGAAGAAAAUAAGUGUAGAGUAAACAGCGUUGGCAAACUUGUCAAACACAAUUUAAAGACCUUGAGGAUAAUGACAAAUGACAAACUUUCAGACAUUUUCUUUGCUAGACGAGUGCUCUUUUGCGAAGGGGAUAGCGAAAUUUUAUUUUUGAACGAAAUGAAGAAUGUUCUGUUAUCAACGAUGCGUUCAACACGUGAACUUAACCCUAUAUAUACGACAAAUGCAUUCCUCUCCGAUAAUAAAGACACACUUCAAACGGUGUUGUCCGAUCUUACAAUUGCCAAAAUGAACGGCGUGCAUAAUGUUUCUUUAUGUAGAUCCAUGUGCAGGAGUUUGUGUUUACCUGCGAAAUUUCUUUUAGACAAGGACUUCAAAAACUUAAAUAAAGAUGAUACCAAUUGCUUCAUUUGGUCGAAUGGUGCAAUCGAAGAGAUGGUUCUUAGUAUGCGGGAUUCAUGUAACGAUGAAAAACUCACACAAAUUGUGACUGACUUGAAACUAAAACCUAUUGAAAAUGGCAAGAAAAGAAAAGGAAAAGACAAGUUGUUCAUGAAAGAAAAUGUUACACAAAAACAAAUAACACAAUGCGUAGAAGCCCUUUUUAGAAACUGCGACCCAUCUAAUGACCUUGGCAAGAUUGUGGUAUUUUUAGUACAAUUUGCAUGUUCUUAAUGAAGCAUACACAUUGUACGAAAUAAGCGGUUACUAUAAAUUAAUGUUCUUUGCAUGUUCAUUUACAUACCGCUAGAUGGUUAUUACGGUGGCACAAAAGUGAAACGUACUAUGUAUUUGUUUGUAUUUUGUUGUUGCCCUGAUUUCACUUUCCAAAGAGUAAGUAUCUUGUUACCACGACCAAUCAGAAUACACAGUUUAAAAGCAUUUUAAAGCGCGAAUCGGUCCGGUUUAUAUCUUUAGUAGUUAUGUUAGACUCCCUUAUAUCAGCCAUAUGUAAACAUGCAGUGAACAGCAUGUGUUUGUAUUGGUUGAUCAUGUCAUUACCACGAGUUACUAAGCUUUUCAUACAAGUUAGCUAUGCGCUGCACGCGACUUAGCUUUAUCUUUCCCACGUCAAAAUUGCUCGAGCACACGAGUAAGUAACCUCUUUCCUACGACUAAUUUACUCGUAGGAACGAGCUACUUACUCGUGGAAACCAUACACUGCGUGGUUGCGACUUAUAUUAUAGAUAUUUAUGCAGAGGUAACGACGCCAGAGAAAAAAAAAACUAAUUGUGUUUUUGCAAGGAUUCUAUGCAGAAAAUUAUAACCUAAGAGUGGUGAUGCGUUUCUUUUUUUAAGGUUUUAGUUUCGUCAAUGUAUAUUGGCAAUUGGUUCAUGGCAAGGCAAACAUAUUGUAAUCCAAGUUUCUAUCAUGAUUAUGUUUGUUAUGCGUUCCAUUUUUAUUUAUCGGUAAGCAAAAAUGAAUGAAAGCGGCAAACAUGAUGUCAACGUUUAUUUUCACAUGUGUAUUUUGUGACUUCUUCUCUCCUAAGUGUAACGCUUGCCAUCAACCGGUUUAAACCCUUAAUACUUUGCAUUGGCCGUUUCAAGGCGACGACUCAAAUUUAAUAAUUGAUUAAUGUUGUUUUGCAUAUAUUAUCCGUUAUUGUAUAGGUUAUUAGUAACUUGCCGGAAAUAAAAAAAUAGUAGAGUUUAACAGGGAUUUCUGCCCUAAUAAUGCCUACGGAGUAACAUGUUCUUAAAUGUGUAGCCUUGUUUUGUGAUCUAUAAAGCUGGUUAACGAGUUCUACAGACUGACUAAUAUGUACAAAUAUUUGUUCUGAGAAGAUCCCUCUAGGAAUUGCAUUAUUUUGCAAAAUAAGCAAAAUUAUUAUCAUGGGGAGAAUGCAUAUGAGAAAAAUCAAUUUCUAAUAUGCACAUAUCCGACUUUUAUGAAUGAUCCACAAACAGUUAAUUGAGUUUGUGUCUUAAUUAUUUCACACGAUGCUGUGUGUCAAUAAACACAUUAUAUUUCCUCAAUCAUAUUUCCACCGAAUCGAUUCGUUUUUCUGUGAUUAACUAAUACCAUUUUCUUAAGUGAGGAAAACGUUUGUUGACACGUAUGGUAUGUUAAUGCUUAAAAUACACAUCCGCCUGACUUAUAAUUCAACUUAUAUUGUAAGCUUUAUUUUGAAUAUAUAUACAUAUAUUAAAUUGGACGUAUACUGUACAAAACAAAGGAUGUAAACAAUUCCAGCACAUUUUCACGCACAGCAGUGUAUACAUUUACAAUAAGUUACUAGGUGAGUUUGUUUGAUUGCAAAGCAAAGUAUAAAUAUAAUCAAUCAUUUGAAUAAAAAUGUUGCAUUCUUGAAACAUCCGACAUUUCUUAUCAUUAAUGCUGCAGGAACAUUAUAACCAUGUUAAACCAGUGUUUAAACUUAAUUGUAUAGUAUAUUUAUUUAUGAAUUAUAUUAUCAUUUAAUGCAUUAAACACUUAUUAAAAUCUGAUAUAAACGAAACACCAGUUUGUUGAUUAUAUCUUUAUUUGGUGGUAAAUGUUUCUUAAAAACGUUGACAUCUAAAUUUUAUUAACUAUACAUGCAGUUUAACAGGAAAACAAAGGAGAUUUGAUACCGUAUUACGUUAAAAAAAAUCAUGAACAAGGAAAAAAUAACACACGUGAUUUUUCCGUGUUAUAGCAAAAAAGCAUAUACUAAGGAAAUACAAUUGCAUCGUGAUUUGCUUUAAACGUUUGAUUACCAAUAAAGGCUCUUUAUUAUGUUUACAUAUAUUUGAACAAUGAAUGAUUAUGUAUUUCAGUGUAUAAAUAUUUCAUUACCGAAUUACUUUCGGCGCAUUUUUUUAGGAUCACAUAUUUUAAUAUUCUUCAAACCCGUUAUAGUUUUAUUGUUACAUUAUUUCUUAUCAUUCAGCGCACAGCAACUCAGAUUAUGUCAUAUACAUAUUUUUAUGCUAUGACACCUAUUGAAUUUUUUGAGCUUUAGUCAGUUUUAUUUAUUUAAGCUCUUCGUCGUUCUUUAUUUGGUAUGGUUUGUCCUCUUAAUAUAUAAAUAACCUUCUAAAUUGUAUACAGAUGAAAUAUAAACAUACUUGCUGCCAUCAAUUAAGCCUCGGCUGGUUCUUAUCAGUGACAGGAUCUUUAAUUAAUAGCUUCAACCGCUGCGCUGGAUCUGUACAGGAAUUCCAUCAAAGAUGCUUUGUAUUCCCGCCUUCAUUUCCUCAAUAUGUUCUGAUUGGCAAUAUACUUAGAACAAAAGGGGAAAAUGGCUGCAUUGCAUAAUUCAUAUUCAUGAAAGUAAAGUGAAUUUGAUAAUGAAACAAAAAUUUGAACACUCAUUGAACAUGUAUUUUAGUGUACUCCUGUUUUUGUUCACAUGCAUUUUUUUAAUAUUUCAUUAUUUCUUUACCAUCGGCGCACAUCUUCUGUUGAUAAUGACAUGGUUUUUGCUUUCUCCAAAACCUGUUAAGUUUUCAAUGCCUAUUGUAUAAUUAUAUCGUUUCUAACUAUUUUAUGUGCAUCUUCUUGUAUUAUGCCAUAUUUGACAUCAUGCGCGAAUGUAGUUAUGGAACUAUAGUUGGUUUUAUUUGAAUACAGCUCUCCUGACAUAUUUA